CUUGGCGUGUCUGAUCGUGUUCUCCGUCAUCUUUCACAGCAAUUUACAUUCUCCGAAUCUCUCUCUCUCUCUCUCUCUUUUUAUAUUUCUUCUUUCUCUCCCUCUUUUUUCUGCAUCCGUUGAUCUCUGAAGAAGAAGAAGAAGAUGGUGGAGCAGAAGAAGAGGUUCGCUCUGUUUCUGUCGACGUGCGACUCCGAGUUCGUGAAGAAGACUUACGGAGGUUACUUCAAUGUCUUCGUCUCGACUUUCGGCGACGAAGGCGAGCAAUGGGAUCUGUUCCGAGUGGUCGACGGCGAAUUUCCCGACGAGAAGGAUCUCGACAAGUACGACGGUUUCGUUAUCAGCGGUAGUCCACAUGAUGCCUUCGGUGACGCCGAUUGGAUCGUCAAGCUUUGCUCCGUUUGUCACAAACUCGAUCAGAUGAAGAAGAAGGUUCUCGGCAUCUGUUUCGGCCACCAGAUAAUCACUAGAGUCAAGGGAGGGAAAAUAGGAAGGGCUCGUCAAGGCCCAGACAUGGGACUUCGAAGCAUAACCUUAGCAAAGGACAAUGAAAAGCUUGGAGCUUACUUUGGAGAGGAGGUCCCGACAUCUUUAGCCAUUAUCAAAUGUCAUCAGGACGAAGUGUUGGAGCUCCCCGAGUCUGCCACAGUUCUUGCCUCCUCUGAGGUAUGCGAGGUCGAGAUGUUCUCCAUCGAAGACCACUUUCUCUGCAUCCAAGGCCAUCCUGAGUAUAACAAAGAGAUUCUGUUUGAGAUCGUGGACCGUGUCCUCAAUAUGAAGCUUAUGGAGCAAGAGUUUGCGGAUAAGGCCAAGAGUACGAUGGAGACUGCACAACCAGACAGGGUUCUAUGGCAGAAGCUCUGCAAAAACUUUCUGAAAGGCCAAUAAUCUUGAACAAGUUUAGUUUGCUAUCAAAAUAUGCUAUCUCAUGAUGAACCUGCAAUUCCUCCAUAUUUGUCUCUUCAAGAAACAGAAAGAAACACAUAAAAACCAAUCGCAAAUAAUCAUUUAUAUAACCACCUUUUUCUUA